CCACCCAGUGUCCCCAGGAUGAGGAGAGGACUAGAGUUUCAGGAGUAGACAACAGGGAAAUGAAGUUGACAGUCAGGCUAGCUAGCUAAUUAGGUGACAGACGGUCAAGAAUAGCCAAGUUUAGUUUAAACAGCACCGCUAUGACGCUCGUCCGUUUAACAUACUUAUAGCCGUGUUUUGUUGCGAGUUAGACAUAAAAAGCCGCUACUGAUCGGCGAUAAGGCAACUCACAUUUAACGCAACCUAACCGUGAAACAGGAAAGUACAACAACUUGCUAGCCUGCUAGCUAGCAUUUAGCCAGCAAGCUUCCUCCAACUGUAAAACUUCACCUCUCAUUCGAUCGAUAACCUCCUCCAGUCAUGCCUUUUCCUUUUGGGAAAUCUCAGAAGAGUCCAGCAGAAAUAGUGAGGAGUUUAAAGGAAAAUGUUGCAUACAUGGAGAAGCUGGACGCUGGUGAAAGUAAAAAAUGUGAAAAGGUUGCAGAGGAAACUUCCAAAAAUCUCGCUUCCCUGAAGGAGGUACUCUGUGGGACAGGCGACAAGGAGCCCCAAACGGAAGCAGUGGCUCAGCUCGCACAGGAGCUGUACAACACGAACCUCCUCAUUUCGCUCAUUGCAAAUCUGCAGAGGAUUGACUUUGAGGGAAAGAAGGAUGUGGUUAAUCUGUUCAGUAACAUUGUGAGACGACAGAUUGGCACUCGUACUCCCACGGUGGAGUACAUCUCGACGCACCAACAGAUCCUUUUCAUGCUUCUAAAAGGCUAUGAGAGUGCAGAAGUGGCGCUGAACUGCGGAAUUAUGCUGAGGGAGUGUCUCCGCCACGAACCACUGGCGAGGACUAUACUCUUCUCUGAAGAGUUCUACUGUUUCUUCCGAUAUGUGGAACUCUCCACCUUCGACAUAGCCUCAGACGCUUUUGCAUCGUUCAAGGAUCUCCUCACAAGACACAAGCUUAUGUGUGCUGAUUUCUUAGAGACCAAUUAUGACCGGGUGUUUACAGAAUAUGAGAAGCUCCUGCAUUCUGAAAAUUAUGUCACCAAACGACAGUCUUUGAAGCUCCUUGGAGAACUUCUGCUGGACAGGCACAACUUCACUGUUAUGACAAAGUACAUCAGUCGAGCAGAUAACUUGAAGCUGAUGAUGAACAUGCUGAGGGAUAACAGUCGAAACAUCCAGUUUGAAGCGUUCCAUGUCUUCAAGGUAUUUGUUGCGAACCCCAACAAGACUCAGCCAGUGCUGGACAUUCUGCUUAAGAACCAGGCCAAGCUCGUGGAGUUCCUGAGCCAUUUCCAGACAGACAGAUCAGAGGACGAGCAGUUCUGUGAUGAGAAAAACUAUCUGAUCAAGCAGAUCCGGGACUUGAAGAGGCCCACAGCGCUGGAGGAUGCUUGAAUCCUGCAGAAUGGAUGCUCCCAAAGGUGGUAGAUGCAGUGGCGGGGGUGGCAGCCAGCAUCUGAAGACAUCUUCUUUAAGGUUUAGCUUUUUGUUACACAAUGUAGGAACAAAGUAAAUAUGACUUCCUUCUGUUUUUAGUUUGGAUGGGUUUUACAUCCAGCAACCUGAGUGGGCCAAGAACUCUUAUAUAAACCGUAGUGCUUCUUAAGCGUUGAGCAGUCCAUCCUUGUAACGUUGGACCUUUAACUGUUACCUUUCACAUUGAUGCCAGCAGAGACCUUUUAAAAUGACAACUUCACCAUCUCUGCAGCAGCAUGAGAUCUGGACAGAAAUGUGAAAUCUGAUUGAUUGCCUUAUUGUUCAUAAUUUCUGGUGACAAUCACAUUUUUUUUGCUGUCACAGAGGCCGACCUUACCACAGCAUUUGCAGACAUAGGAAGAGAAAAUCGAUAGGACAGAGGAGUUCAUUGAUUGUGUGGCUUUUUAGCCGGAGUUCGGUGAGGCUCGCAUGUCUGAAAUAGAAACGGGGCAUCAGAUAAUGCUGCAGGCUAUAGCAGCCGUCCCUGCGCAGCCAGGACGGGCACAAUAUUCCAAUUGAUCCUCAUGUUUACUAAGCAUAGAUUGUCAAAGGAGUUUUAGGAUUGCACUGAAAGAAACAUAGUUAAUAAUAAAUAAGUAUUCCACAAGAAUAAAGCCAUAACGUUCUCAGAAUAAAGUGUGGUAAUUUUCCGACAAUAGUCCAAGUAUUUCACAUUAAAAAAUCGAAAUGAAAAAAUGCUAUUAACGGGCUCUAGUGGUUACAAGCGAUGAAAUAGUUCGUCCAGCAUCAUAAAUCACAAGUGUUUUGAACAAGCGAGAGAGAGAACGCUGGUCUCACAUUGCUGCAUUCACGGAAUUUCACUUCUUCACAACUUAAAUGUCAUAAUAAUAUGGCUUUAUUUCCUUAGCAUUACAACUUCUCUACUUGAACUUUAAUAACGUGACGUGGGUCUCGUAGUUUUACACCUUUUUUUGGAAUUUUUACAAUUGUUUUCCUUUUCAGUGUGGUCCUAAGGCUUCUUUGUCGCCAUGUACCCUUGUUCGCACAGUAAUUACUGAAAAGGACUUUUCAGGCACGGCCCCUUUAAAGCAAAAAGCAGGAAAUAAUAAGUACGUCAAUCUGACGCAUAUUCUAGUCGAACCAAAGUACCUUAUCUAAUUUAAGUCAGUUGAUAUGUAAACAAUUUUUUUGGAAAUAUCUUACUCGAUUCAGACUAAUUGAGAUUAGAAAAAAUUUAUAUCAAAUAAUUUGUUUAGUUUUGAAGUAUUUAAUCCGUUUAGAUGCCACGACAAAAUGCACAGGGUUUGAUGUCACAUAUCUUGGUGACAUGGAGUUUAGUUUUUGUAUUUAAUAUGUGAUUGUAGUAUUAUUUGAUCCUGUGAUGCAUCACAUGAGUGAGUAUGAGUUGUGACUAUUUCUUCCGGUCAUCAUUUCAUCUGUUCAAUUUCCUCAUUAUUUUUCUUUGGGUCUAAAAUUUUAGGAUGCUUUUUGUGCGUGCGCAGUCCUCUAGCAUACACCUCAAGGAUUUAGAACGUACUUUCUCUUGCUGUUCCUUGACAUUUCAACUUCAGUGGUUUUGUAUGCACGCGUUUGUUGUGUCACGUAUGGUCAAACUUGAACGGGGUUUUCUUGGUGGAAAACACACUUCAGUUGGGUGGUGCCACAUGAAUGUUACUUCAUAAUGAAUUGCAUUGUGGGACCUCAUAAUGACAGAAUGAAUUACGCCUUAUUUCAAGACAUUCAAUGGAUUAUAGCUGUCAGGUUCAUUUCAAUCAUUUCAAAACCAAAGUCUGUGAAAGGAUAUUUGAGUUUAUACAUUUAUUAUUAGUUCUAUUCUAUGAUACUAAAAUGCGUGUACAUACAUCAAGCAUAAUUAUUAGCCCCCGUAAACCCAAAAAGUAUAUAUCAUAGUCUGCUUCUUGUCCAUUUGAGAUAGUUGCUAUGUACAGUACAGUACAUUCCUCAGCUAUACAGCCACUCCACUAGAUGGCACUCCUAGUAACAAUUGGCACCUUAUUUACAUUGUGCUGAGUGAGCGUUACAUGUCUAUAGAAUCCUACCUCCACUUGUGACCAUAUACAGUAAAUCACUGGCAAUAUAAUAUAGACAUUUAAGUCCUUAAUUGGAAGACUAUAUUUGUAUUCCGAGACGAUAUAUAGUUUUACAGUUAGCGGUUUGACUGUAUAUUUCCUUACUUUGACUCUUCAGUGUAUUUUUUUCUAUUUGUUGGCUUCCCCCCCGGCCCCCCAUUUAAUCAUUUAUUUACUUUGGGUGGAGUUCUAUGUACAUACAUUUAUAAAGAGUGUGAACGAAUUCAUGAAAAUAAACUUUGUGGCAAUUUAA